AUGGAAUAAAGAGAUCCGAACUAGGAAUUAUCGAUAAACAGCCAAUAUAACGACACCAAUUCCUCCUAAAGGAACACACUUGAAGAAAACAAAGAUCAUAAUAAUGAAAAUUCAAACGGAUUCACUCACACCCAGCAGUUUGACUACCCCUACAACCCAGAGUUUUCCUUCGCAGAUCUCUCGCAACAAUAGCUAAUCUAGCAGUAAUUUACAGGAAGAGAUUUCACUUAAUAUACUGGCUCAAGUAUCUCCCAGAGCACCUAAAAUUUAUAGAAUUCUAUCUUCCUCGCUCAACUAGCGAAAAGGGCUAACAAUCAGCAAGUUGAUAGACCAAUCCCAUCUGCAGUAAAAGGCAAAAGCUAAUUCAUUUGUGCUGGUAGUUUGUUCACAGUUGAUGACAAAUACGAGUUCAUUAAGAGAGUGGGAUAUGGAGCCUAUGGAGUGGUUUGCUCAGCUCUAGACAAAGAAACUGGUGAAAAAGUAGCCAUCAAGAAAAUCCCUAAGGCUUUUCAAGAUUUAGUAGAUGCCAAGAGGGUUUUGCGCGAAAUUAAGAUUCUUAAAUUCUUUGACCACGAGAAUAUUGUUUCGCUAUUAGAUAUAUAGAGGCCGCCAUCUCAGACUAAUUACCAGGAUGUGUAUAUUAUAACAGAACUAAUGGAGGCAGAUUUGCAUAAAUUAAUUUAUUCAAAGCAAAAACUUACUGAUGAUCAUUACUAGCUCUUUAUGUACCAGCUACUAAGAGGAAUGUACUUCAUGCAUUCAGCCAAUAUUAUGCACAGAGAUCUGAAGCCAUCAAAUAUUUUGGUGAAUAUGAAUUGCGAUUUGAAGAUAUGCGAUUUUGGGCUGGCAAGAGGCUUUGAAUUUGAUUAGGACAAGGAGAAAUAAAUCCCAAAGACUGCGUAUGUUGUUACCAGAUGGUAUAGAGCGCCUGAAGUAAUGCUGACGACUUAGAACUAUACUAAAUCCUUGGAUGUAUGGUCUAUCGGAUGCAUUUUCGCAGAACUAAUGAUGAAAUAGACUUUGUUUAAGGGUAUGCAUAACUUGAAAUAGCUUGAGAAGAUAGUAGAAAUACUAGGCUAUCCCACAGAAGAGGAGAUAGAAUUCAUAGACAAUGAGUACACUCUCAAUUAUCUGAGGAGACUGCCAAGGAGUAAAAGUAUAAGAUGGGAGGAUAAGAUUCCAAACGCCAAUCCUUUAGCCAUCGAUUUAUUAAAGAAAAUGCUGAGGUUCUCACCAAAUCAAAGGAUUUAGGUUCUUGAUGCAAUAUCGCAUCCAUAUUUUCAGGAUAGCUUUAAAGAUUUUGGUGAGCCUCCAAAAAGUGACACUAUUUUUGACUGGUCCUGGGAUGACUUCCAGCUCAACAAGGAACUGCUGCAAACACUCAUAUACAUGGAGAGUCUCUGCUAUCACCCAGAGGAAGAGGGAGAGGGGAACAUAAAAAUUGAACCAUCUAAAAUUGAAUCUUCAAGUUAUGAGGAGUAGCCUACAGCACCAGCAAGUAAGGAUAAAGAUUUGGCUUUGUCAGAAGGCAAUCAAACUAAUUACGAUCAUGUGAAUACAAGUAUGAAAAUAAUAAUAAAUGGGGUAAACCACAGUAAUCCUAGCUUAAUUACUCACUAGAACACAGAAAUUGAUUAAUUUUAAUAAAUGCAAAUGUAAUAGUAGUAACAAAGUCACACUCAACUUGAAAUCUUGUAAUAGACUAAAUAGGAUGAAAUUAAGCCAGAGUCUAACCUUAUCAAAAGAUAACGUGAGGCUGAUAAAAACCCAGAAGAAAACUAUCAAGCAUGCUAAUAGUAAAAUCCUGUAGAUAUUUUAAGUAACUAAAUUUAAAAGUAAUAAUAAGACUAAGACGGUAGUCAUAACAACAGCGACGACAAUAAGGAAGUAAAUUAGAUAAUGAACAAAAGAGCUAGAUUCUCAUGA